AUGGGUGGUAACAGCAAACCAGAAGCUGUACACGAUAGUACACAGCAACUUACACCAAUAACUGCAACUACUAUUACAAUAACUGUUAUUACGUCUACAACUACUAUUACAACAACUGUUACUACAUCUACAACUACUAUUACAAUAAGUGUUACUACAUCUACAAAUAUUAUUACAAAAAGUGUUACUACAUCUGCAACUACUAUUACUACAUCUACAACAACUGUUACUACAUCUGCAACUACUAUUACAAUAACUGUUAUUACGUCUUCAACUACUAUUACAACAACUAUUACUACAUCUACAACUACUAUUACAGUAACUGUUAUUACAUCUACAAGUGCUAUUACAACAACUGUUACUACAUCUACAACUACUAUUACAAUAAGUGUUACUACAUCUACAACUACUAUUACAAUAACAGUUAUUACAUCUACAACUACUAUUAAAAUAACUGCUAUUACAUCUACUACUACUAUUACAAUAAUUAUUAUUACAUCUACAAGUACUAUUACAACAACUGUUACUACAUCUAUAACAAAUAUUACAACAACUGUGAGAAGCUGGAAUGCUCGGAGAAAACCAUCGACCGUUUGUACUUACAACUUCUGCAACAACAAACAACUUCUACAACAAACAACUUUUACAACAACUGUUUCUACAACUACUUCUAUCACAACAACAACUGUUUCUACAACUACUUCUAUCACAACGACAACUGUUUCUACAACUACUUUUAUCACAACAACAACUGUUUCUACAACUACUUCUAUCACAAUAACAACUGUUUCUACAACUACUUCUAUCACAACAACAACUGUUUCUACAACUCCUUCUAUCACAACAACAACUGUUUCUACAACUACUUCUAUCACAACAACAACUGUUUCUACAACUACUUCCAUCACAACAAGUUCUAUCACAACAACAACUGCUUAUGACUAUAAUAAAUCAAAAUAA